AUGUCGGCAUCGCACAAGCCACGGAAGAAGCGGAAAGACAUACCGCUCACACGAAGCCAGACUAUAACAGACAUUGUCACGGUCGACGCGGUCAGUAACGCGGUCAUCCCGGACUUUCCCCUGGUUGCCUUUCUGUGGCCUGCCAGAGGUACGACAUCGCAAUGGCUUCUCUUGCCAUUGAUUUUGAUGAUUGUUGGUCUGUUCAGAUGGUCGGUCGGCUUAUGGGGUCACUCUGGUCUGGGCAAGCCGCCCAUGCAUGGCGAUUUUGAAGCUCAGAGACACUGGAUGGAGGUAACAACCAAUCUGCCAGUCUCGACCUGGUAUUUCUACGACCUGCCGUACUGGGGCCUCGACUAUCCACCACUCACGGCCUAUCACUCGUGGAUAUGCGGCAAGGUUGGAGCCCUCUUCAGUGAGGACUGGUUCGCCUUGCGCAAGUCAAGAGGCUUGGAGGAUCCCAUGCUGAAAGUUUUCAUGCGAGCCACGGUCAUGGUGUCGGAAUACUUCGUCUACAUCCCAGCAAUCAUCAUCUUCCUCCGACACUACAGCAGAAACCAGGGGACAGGCACGACCUCAUUCAAUGUAGCAUUAGUUGCCAUUCUCAUGCAGCCGGCAACCAUACUCAUCGACCACGGACAUUUCCAGUACAACACCGUCAUGCUUGGCUUCCUGGUGGCGACCAUGUCGAGUAUUUUUUCUGGCCGUUCCCUGUGGGCGUGUGUCUACUUCGUGGCAGCGCUUGGUUUCAAGCAAAUGGCACUCUACUAUGCACCGGUCAUCUUUGCAUACCUGCUCGGGUCUUGCUUGACUCCCACAUUCCGACCGGGACGCCUUCUUUCGAUUUCUGCCAUUACCCUACUAUCCUUCGCAGUUCUCUACGCUCCUCUACUGCUCGGCGCGCUCUACGAGCAAUACCGCGGCAUUAAUCUGGGAUAUCAGCCCCCUCCUCCAUUGCUUGCUACCAGGGGCUUCAUAUUGGACAGCAAGAAUCCCUUGCAUGUACUCAUCCUCCAAAUCUCGCAGUCGAUACAUCGAAUCUUCCCUUUCGCCCGAGGACUCUUCGAAGACAAGGUCGCCAACUUCUGGUGCGCCCUCAACACCGUCUACAAGCUGCGAAACCUCGAGGCACUCAUUCCGCUUCCCAAGCUCUCAUUACUCGCCACAUUUGUCAUGAUCUUGCCUUCAUUCCUCAUCACUUGCAGCAACCCUCAGCGAAAAUUGCUUCCAUACGCAUUAGCAUCAUGCUCAUUCGCAUUCUUCCUCUUCUCAUUCCAGGUCCACGAAAAGUCAAUCCUCUUACCUCUCCUUCCGAUGACGCUCCUCCUUGGUUCCGCAAAAGGCCUCUCAAAGGAAUACCGCGCCUGGAUUGGAUGGGCAAAUGCUCUCGGCGUCUGGGCUAUGUACCCACUCCUCAAGCGCGAUGAGCUGAAGACUCCAUACGUGGUUCUUUCUCUUCUCUGGGCUUUCCUCCUCGGUCUACCGCCCACAUCAGCUCUAGCUUACUACACACCCGGUCGCGAGAACCUCAUGGGCCGACCGCUCGAGGACGACGAGCUACGCACACCAACAAAGAUACUGCAUUGGCAGUACUACAUCGUCAUGGCGUUCUGGCAUAUACUGGCAGCUUUCGCGGAACCGCCUGCCGACAAGCCGGAUCUGUGGGUGGUAGUGAAUGCUUGUUUCGGUGCUGUGGGCUUCGGGAUCUGCUAUUGCUGGUGUACCUGGAAGCUGAUCACCGAGAGCGGCUUGAUGGAUGGCUACUUCGCUGGUAUUGGUGCCAUGAGCAAUGAUGCUGUUGAGUCGGGCAAGAAGGACAAGUGA